UUUCAUUUUUAUGUAGAUGUGGUUGCUUUGUCGAUAUGUCAGCCUGUCCGUCAGCACGCUAAAUUUCAGGCGAUCAAGCUUUUGAUUGUAGAAAAUUUAAAAUAUUUUAUAUAUUUUCUAUACAUUCAUACAAACAAAACAACUGUGUACCCCGCAUUGCACACUGUAGGCAGUGUGCGCGAAACAUCCAAUAUACUGCCCAGUCAAGUAACAGUGGCGGCCAGCGGUGCCAACUGGAAUCCAGAGCACGCAUUUGCAUUGAACGGAGUUGGGCUGCCGCUCGAUUGGGAUACUGCAUCAGUGACAAAUGGCGCUGGCCUCUCACCCACAUAUGAGCCCAUAAACGAUUUUGAUUUUGAUCCAGCAACGCAACAGCAACAGCCCAACGAUUUCGAGACAGCAUCGGAACAGAACGAUUUUUCUUUCACAUCAUCUGCAACUGAGGGAGAUUCGGAGCCGGAGUCGGAUCCGCGCUUGGCAGUUGUACAACGCACCUUGGACUUUAUUGGCGACAUCUGCAGCAAUCGGCAAUUGGACGGUCUGUGGGGCGUUCUGCUGCUGCAGCGUAAACUAAGCGAUGUACGCGAGUAUCUGUUAAGGACCUCGAUUACAUCUGAAGCAGCCAUUGCAUUUGAGACGACUGCAUUGCUGAACGAGAUUGAUUAUAAGAUAAGCGCUUUAUCGUCUAAAAUCGAGAGUGCAACGCACACACAGAACCCACAUCACGAUCCGAUGGGCUUUGAUCUAUUUAAUUGGAUACGUCACUGGUUUCUGUUGGGCGGUCGCAGCAACAACAACAAGGAGCCACCCAAUACUAGAAACGAGGACAGCGAACACAAUCGCAAACGAAGCUAUCAAAACGUGGCCACCGAGGCCACAGCUCCACGUCCGAUAAAAUAUCGCCGUGUGGAUAACACGUUUCCCAAAUUUAUGCCGAAUGACGCUGAUGAUUACAGCCACAUGGCAACUGCGAACCAACGCAAGGAACAGGAAAACAACAGCAAUCACAAUGCCUACCAAACACACAAGCGUCUUUCCAUGUUCUGUACACCGCAGACGCGGCAGGUGCGUGUACGCAACACCCAAGCCACUAUUUCGGUCGAUCUGUCUGACUCUGAGGAGCCGCAGCAUAAUGAAAGCAAUAUGUAUCAAGCAUUUGCCGAUCGUCUUGUCACGAGCGUGCAGCCCCCGCCGCGUCAAGAUGAAUUUGGACGCAACUCAUCGUCAGCGAGAAGACCAAAUUUGCUGUACUCCGAUGCCGUGCGUUUCGGUACAAAUGGUUUUGUCACCGAUCUAAACUAUCAACAACGUCCUGCUAGUAGCCUAUCCUCAUCCGAGGCACGUUUGAAUGGGCAUAUCAGCAAUUUAUAUGACUCGGGCGUCAGCAGGGAUAAUAUAAUGGUGUUGGAGGAGCAACGCAACGAGCAUAAUCAGUACGUCAAUCUGAUCAAUAAUCUGACUCUUCAUGAGCGCGAGUGUGCACGCCGUUCGGGUGCUGCUCGUGAGAAUGAAAAGCCACCGCCUCCGCCGCCACUGCAGCCUAUUAGCCUUAAUAGCAGCGACUGGCUGCGGGGUCUAAUCAAAAGCAAGCCUGAGUCCCGUGCGCCCCUCCGCUCCGAGUACGCCAAGCUGCUGGAUUACAAUUCGAAGCCACAACAACAACAGCAGCAACAGCCAUUCUCACUGGCCAAGAAACCGCCGCCACCUCUCAUGCAAUGCUACGGACUGGACGCCAGCUCCUCCAGCACAAAGCCAGACAAGCCCGAGGUCACUGAAAUCAUAGAUGAUGAUCACGGAAAGCAAGCGAAUAAAACACAAAUGAUGCCGCCACCACCCGGGCUGUUGAUGUCCCGGACUAAAGCGCUGCAGCUGCGCCACAGUAAAUCCAUCUAUUUUGCUGAUAACUAUACAGAUCUCUUUAAUGAGAAAUGUGCGCGUAUGCAACAGGAGGUGAAUCAUGCAAAGAAACUGGUUAUUCAAGAGUGCGGAGCUGAAAGAACAACAGAAGAGCGUCGUGCUUUUGAACAGGGUUUGCGCGAGAACUUAUCCAAACGACGUUUCAUAUCCCAAACAUUGUUUGUGUUGGAGAAGUAUCCAUUAGAGGAGGAUAGCGAACCAGAAUUUAUUCCAUUCACCGAAGCCCAUCAGCAGCGCUAUAAUGAGCUAGUCUAUGGCAGGGCCGACCAGGUACUUAUUUCCAAAUUCAGCCUGAGUAUUACUCGCAAUGAUAUUCGGACGCUAGCUGGAAGUUCUUGGCUAAACGACGAGGUUAUUAAUUUCUAUAUGAACUUGUUAACCGAUCGCUCGCAACGCAAGGAGGGCAAACUGCCAAGCGUUUAUGCUAUGAAUACAUUCUUUGUGCCCCGGCUGCUGCAAGGCGGUUAUAGCAAUGUGAAACGUUGGACUCGCAAGGUUGAUAUAUUCAGCAAAGAUAUAAUUCCGGUGCCAGUGCAUGUGAGCAACGUCCACUGGUGCAUGGCCAUUAUCCACAUGAAGAACAAAACAAUUCGCUAUUAUGAUUCAAUGGGCAAGCCAAAUUCGGAGGUGUUGAACGCCCUAGAGAAUUACUUGCAUGAGGAGUCAUUGGACAAACGCAAGAAGCCGUUCGACACCAGCGACUUUACAAUUGAGAAUGUCCAGAAUGUGCCCCAUCAGACCAAUGGCAGUGACUGCGGUGUGUUUAGCUGUAUGUUUGCAGAGUAUAUAACACGGAAUAAGCCGCUCAACUUCUCCCAGGAGCACAUGGAGUACUUCCGCAAGAAGAUGGCCCUUGAGAUUUGUGGCGGCGAGCUCUGGAUGUAAAGUAAGGGCUCCCAAAAAAAACAAAAAAAAGUGUACCAACAUUACUAUUAUUAACUAAGCUAGCUCCCUUUUCUUUUUUUGUAUAAUUUAUUUAUUAUUGAUAAUAAUGCGUGUACGACAAGUCGGCCGACGCAUCUUAAUUUUGAACUUAGAAUUAAAUGUUCCAAUUUCGUUUUCAAUCUCAUGGCUCUACGCUCACAUGAAAUACACGCACACACAAUAUCAAACGGACAGACAGACAGACCCACACAUACACACACAUACACACACACACACACCCUUAAUCGAAAUUUAAAGAAAAUUCAGUCUUAAUAAUUUCUGUGUUGCGUUGUACGUCUUAGAGACUGUGGUAUACAGAUUUUUAGCAUUUAAGUCGUGUAACAAGACACACCUAGCAGGCGAUCUAAAACACUAUACUACAAAAAAAAAGAAUAAAACAAGAAAACUACUACUAUUGUAACACAUCAAAGCAAAAUCAACUCGUGUAAUAAAUAAAGAAACAAAA